GGGAUCUAGACGGCCGUGGGGGAGGGGAGCCGCCCUCCCGCGGCGCCGCUCCGGAACCGCCGGCCACUCGAGGACGCGGUCGCCGGCCUCUGGGGCCGUGCUGUUUUGUUUCACCCUCACGUUGUGCGGAGUGAAGUGAAGUAAAAUGUCCACGAGGACCCCAUUGCCAACGGUGAAUGAACGCGACACUGAGAACCACACGUCACACGGAGAUGGGCGGCAAGAAGUUACCUCUCGCACCGGGCGCUCUGGAGCUCGGUGUAGAAACUCUAUAGCUUCCUGUGCAGACGAACAGCCUCACAUCGGAAACUACAGACUGUUGAAAACAAUCGGAAAAGGGAAUUUUGCAAAAGUGAAAUUGGCAAGACACAUCCUUACAGGCAGAGAGGUUGCAAUAAAAAUAAUUGACAAAACGCAGUUGAAUCCAACAAGUCUCCAAAAGCUCUUCAGAGAAGUAAGAAUAAUGAAGAUUUUAAAUCAUCCAAACAUAGUGAAAUUAUUUGAAGUCAUUGAAACUGACAAAACACUCUACCUAAUCAUGGAGUAUGCAAGUGGAGGUGAAGUGUUUGACUAUUUGGUUGCACAUGGAAGAAUGAAGGAAAAAGAAGCAAGAGCUAAAUUUAGACAGAUAGUGUCUGCGGUCCAGUACUGCCACCAGAAGCGGAUUGUUCACAGAGAUCUCAAGGCUGAAAAUCUAUUGUUAGAUGCUGAUAUGAACAUUAAAAUAGCUGACUUUGGUUUUAGCAAUGAAUUUACUGUUGGCAGUAAACUGGACACGUUUUGUGGCAGUCCUCCAUAUGCAGCCCCAGAACUCUUCCAGGGCAAGAAAUACGACGGGCCUGAAGUGGACGUGUGGAGCCUUGGUGUCAUUCUUUACACCCUCGUCAGCGGGUCGCUCCCCUUUGAUGGACAGAACCUAAAGGAACUGAGAGAGAGAGUAUUAAGAGGGAAAUACAGAAUCCCUUUCUACAUGUCCACAGACUGUGAAAACCUUCUCAAACGUUUCCUGGUGCUAAAUCCAAUCAAACGAGGCACUCUAGAGCAAAUCAUGAAGGACCGGUGGAUCAAUGCGGGCCAUGAGGAGGACGAGCUCAAGCCAUUUGUUGAGCCAGAACUAGACAUCUCAGACCAGAAGAGGAUAGAUAUUAUGGUGGGAAUGGGAUAUUCACAAGAAGAAAUCCAAGAAUCUCUGAGUAAAAUGAAAUAUGAUGAAAUCACAGCUACAUAUUUGUUGUUGGGAAGAAAAUCUUCAGAGCUGGAUGCUAGUGACUCCAGUUCUAGCAGCAAUCUUUCACUUGCUAAGGUUAGGCCAAGCAGUGACCUCAACAACAGCACUGGCCAGUCUCCGCACCACAAAGUGCAGAGAAGUGUUUCCUCCAGCCAGAAGCAGCGGCGUUACAGUGACCAUGCUGGGCCGGCGGUUCCUUCAGUUGUGGCAUAUCCGAAAAGGAGUCAGACCAGCACUGCAGAUGGUGACCUCAAAGAAGAUGGAAUUCCCUCCCGGAAGUCAAGCGGCAGUGCUGUUGGAGGAAAGGGAAUUGCUCCAGCCAGUCCCAUGCUCGGGAAUGCAAGCAACCCCAACAAGGCGGAUAUUCCUGAACGCAAGAAGAGCUCCGCUGUCCCAAGUAGUAAUACAGCAUCUGGCGGAAUGACUCGGCGGAAUACUUACGUUUGCAGUGAAAGAGCUACAACGGAUAGACACUCAGUAAUUCCUAAUGGCAGAGAGAACAGCCUGACAGAAGUGUCCGCUCAUGCAGCUAGCCCUGCCUCAGUUUGUACCAUAUCUUCCACCUGUCGGCUGAGACAUCCGAAGUCGAUGUCCAUGCCAGCCUCUGGGCACCCCAAGACCCCUUCAAUAGACAGUGACGGAGAUAACUUCACGGCUGUCACUAUUCCUGAUCAGAGAACCCCAGUUGCUUCCACACACAGUAUUAGCAGUGCAACCACCCCGGAUCGAAUCCGCUUCCCCAGAGGCACUGCCAGUCGUAGCACUUUCCACGGCCAGCCCCGGGAGCGGCGGACCGCCACCUACAAUGGCCCGCCCGCCUCGCCCAGCCUGUCCCACGAAGCCACGCCACUGUCACAGACCCGAAGCCGAGGCUCCACUAAUCUUUUCAGUAAAUUAACCUCAAAACUCACCAGGAGGAGAGAAAUUACAGAGCUCAGAUCCUUCGCGACUGUAAAAGUUCUCCAGCAGUUGGGAGACGGUGACGGUUCUUGAAUUCCUGAUCCUUUGGGUCACACAUCUGUCCACACAGAUGUUCACUGCGGUUUAGCGGAACCCUGGAUCCAGUGUAGGCAGGGGCUGGCGCCCCGUAAGCAGUCCUGAGGGGGCAGGGGCGGUGCGGUCACUUCUGGACACAGGAGAGAGACACAGUCCAUCUCUCAUUUCAUUUCACUGUCAUUGAGGAGCAUUACGUUUCUUAGUCUGAAUCUUGGAAUUGUUCUCUCUGUUGGUCUCAAGUUACAGUGAGAACAAGGUAACUUUCUUAAAUGGUAUCGUUGUGGGGAUAAAAUCCCUGCUUUAUUCUCAGGAAGAAGCUAGCAUCUGGUCCUGUAUAACCCUUCAUGUGUCCAGGAGCCUGUCAUUUGGGGCCUUGGGAAAUCCCUGGAAAUCUCACUGGGGCCCUUGAGGCCUUUUAACUUUAUUUCCAUAAUCUAGCUGGAGGUUGCAAAAGCCUAAAAACAUGGCUGCUACAGAAGAAAAAAGGUACCAGUCUGCCCCCUCAGCAGAUAGUCAGAGGCACCUUUAGCCAGCACCACACCCAGGCAGCCUGAACCAGGAAGCUGUAGUUCAGCCUCGCAGUGGAUUAGCAUGGCCGAGGUGUCCGGCAGGCCUGCCUGUCACAGACCCUCAGUCAUCAUCUCACACACAGCACGAUGGUGGUUCUGUCUGCAGGGGUUGACGCCCCUCCCUCUGGCCCAUCAGCCUGCUGUGUUUCGUGCCAUCUUCAUUAUUCAGCCUAUAAGCUAAAGACCAUUUUUCAGUCUCCUUAAUUCCUCCAGUAAUUUUAUUUUCGAUCAAUCAUCUAAAAUUUAGACGGGUUGCAUUAAAUUCUUUCCCCAGAUGAUCUGUGUGUUGUUAGGACGUGAAGGCCAGAUCAAGGAGGACUUCUGAUAUCUGUUAGCCUUGACUAGAGGUCAGAGCAGUCAGAAGGCUCCAGGCUUCUUAGUCCCUUCACAGCCGCUCUGCUGAGACACCUUUUCCAGAUUGGCAGAAGAGCAGAGUGGCCUGCAGGGUCUGGCCAGGUUUGAGCUCGGUGACCCCAGAAGAAUUUACUCCUUCCUUUCAGGGUCAGCCCAUGGCCUAUCCUGGGCCUUCCUGGGGACUAGUCCCAAAGGGAAUCUGCCUCUGAACUUGGGUGGUAGGACAUGGAACCAGCUGUCAUUCAGUAACGCUGCUGAACAUCAGUGUGUUUUGCCCUUUGAGCCCCAAGCACAGGGGGACGUGCAGUAAUCAGGUCUGGUUACAGCAGUCAGCUUUGUGUUUAUCGUGGGCUCGUCAUUAAAAUCCUUGAAUUUAUUUGUCUCCUUUGUGCUCUUUUUUUUUUGGUCAUCUUGAUACUAUCAUUGAUAAAAAUAAUAUCACCUGCCAUUUAUUGAAUGCUUGCUAUAUGCUAAGUAGAUAUCUGCAGAAUUCUAGGUGAACUCAUUUUGCAUAUAUAAGCAUGUAUGGACACACACACACACACACACAUACACAUACAUACACACACACACACACGCCAUCACUCCAUCUUCACAGUCUACCCUGUGGAGUAGAUAUAGAAGACACUGGAGAUGAGGCUCAGAGAGAUUAAGGCACAUGUUUAAGAUCCUACAGCAAAAACCUGAGCCAGGCUUGUGACUCCAGAAAAGACCCUGAAGCCACUAUAUCAUGCUCCCCAUGGAGAACUGUAAAGGACUGCUGCAGGCAAGGUGCCUUUCCCUCGUUCUCUAAGUAAAUUUGUUUCCUGUGUUUGAAUUGAAAUUGGAGACUGAGGUUUUUUGUUAAAGAAAUUCUAGGGCGUCAUCUUAUUUUAUAGUUUUUGGACAGUUUCCACCCCCACAUUUUUCAGAAAGGUAGUCUUCUAUUUGUUAGCUUCAGGGUCUGAGGUCUGUCGUCUCCCCUGGUCCUGUGCUUCCCAUGUAGUUAGUUCAUUCCUAAGAACAGAGUCCUUGCCACCGUAGUCAGUGUCAGCUUAUUAUCCUCCCCCAGCAUGAACUGCUAGGGUUACAGCUCUAGUCCCUGAAGGGCUCAGGUGCACGCACUUCGAGUCUGCACGGAGACCUGCCGCGGCUUGGUGGGAAGAGCUGGCACCAGAGGACCUGCACUCUGCUCCCAGCUCUGCCCUGGAUGCCGUGCAUUUGGAGCAGCCGUGGGCUCUGCAAUCUCUGAGGCCCCUUGCAGUCAGAGCAGCGUCCUACAGCUGCCUGCUUUUCUCACCUCAAGGGGUUCGUGGGGGAGACUCAAAAGGCAGCCCAGCCUUGUGGUCCUUGAUAGGAACCCUGACUUCGCAGGCAGAAAAUUCAGAACUGAAAAUGUAUUUUAAGGACCUUUUAAUCAGUGUUCAGUUAGAAUAAGUUUCUGAAGAAUACUGCCUUAUAUUUACGUAGGACUUAAUUAUUUACAAAAUACGUUCAAUGCAUGACCUCUGCUGUGUGUACCUUGCUGUGGACCACUGUUGAUUCAUGGUGAAGCAAGUGGCUGGUGGUUACCAGAGCAGUUAGAUAUUUUUUAUUUAUUUAUUUAUUUAUUUUUUUAAGCUGAGCCAUCCUGCCACCGGUUGGCAGCUCAG